UUACAUGUAUCUACGUCGCCUCGAAAAUCGCACUUAUUGUAUGUGUUUAUGUAACUUACUAUAUAGACAUUUAGUCGUAAAGUGCUCUGACAACAGCAAGUUUAGUGAAUGUUUUAAUUGCUUACUUAAUUAUUAAAUAAUAAAAAUGGCAACAGAUGAAAAUUCUUGGAGAACCCAAAGUUUUCGACAAAGUGUAAUAGCAAAAAUAGAUGAAGCAGUACAGAUGUCUGGGAUGCCCAUUUCAAGAAAUAGUAUUGAUAUAGAAAAUCAUGUUUUUCAAAAGGCAAAAAUCAAGGAAGAAUAUUUAGGUUUUAUAGACAAGCUGAUUCUACAUGUCAGAGAACUAAAUUCUAAGAAGGGCGCAGGAGCUACGGCACCAGGUGCAGCAGGUUCUGGAAAUCAAGGAAUGCCAGAUCCAAUUGGAGCAUUGCAAACAUUAGCACGUCAAGGUACUGGUAAUAAUCAAAUGAUGAACAUUAGUGGACCAGGACCUAAUCCUCAAGGAAUAAUUCCACAACCACCUGCAAAUACAGCUACAAACUUAUUACAAAGCUUAAAUCAACGUCCUGGGCAGCCGAUGGCCAUGCAAAGUAUGCAAAGUAAAAUGCCAGGUAUGAGUAUGAUGUCUGCCCAAGCCAAUGGUCCAAUGAGUCAUAUGGGUCCAAUCCAAACAAUGCAGAAUAAUUCAAUGUUGAUUCAAAUGAAUCCAAUGGGACAAGGAAACAUGCCCCAACAAAUGAAUCAAGUUGUGACUAAUCAAAUGGGCCCAAUUACUAGUGGACAGAUGCAACAAAAUAUGCAAACGCAAAUGCAAAAUCAAUUAUCUAAUCAAAUUGGGAAUCAGAUUGGUGGAUCUAUAAGUGGAAUUCAAACUAGUAUGUCACAACAGAUGAAUCAAAUUGCUCCAGGACAAUUGGGACCUGGUCAAAUGCAGCAACAACUAAAUCACAUGCAAAGAAAGCCUGCUGAAAUGAUAAACACUGGAUUUCCAGGCCCUAGAAACGUCGCAGCAAAUCAAUUUUUACGGCAAAGUCCGUCUCCAUCAGCUCCAAGUCCAGCUGGUUUAGGUGCACCAUCAAGCAAUCAGAUGGUGGCAUCUCCAGCAUUAGUUCCAUCACCAAAUCCUCAACAUGCCAUAAUGGCAGGUCAGAAUAGAUCUGUCGGUAUGGCGCCAUCACCUAGCAGUUCUUUGAAUACUCCUGGAGGUGUAGGUGCUACUCCAAGUCCACAACAGGAAGAUCAAGCAUAUAGGGAUAAAGUUAGACAAUUGAGUAAAUAUAUUGAACCUUUACGAAGAAUGAUUGCUCGAAUGGGUAGCGAAGGAAAUGUCGAUAAAUUGAGUAAGAUGAAGAAACUAUUAGAGAUUCUAUCAAAUCCUAGCAAACGGAUGCCAAUGGAUACACUGCUAAAGUGCGAGGCUGUUCUUGAAAAAGUGGAUUUUAAACGUAGCGAUGCAAGCGUUGGGCCACCUCCAGCGGCGCUUAAAGAACAUCAUUUUUUCAGCCCACUUUUGGAGGCAGUAAGCACUCAUCUUCAAAGUCCAGUGAUAAAUCAUACGCUACAACGAACCUUUGGUCCGUGUUUAGAAGCUUUAUUUAGCCCAGAAAUAAAAAAUCUACCACCGCCAUUGAAGAAACAAAAAAUUGAAGAGUCUCCUAGUGAAAUACCAGAUGUAUUACAAGGAGAAAUAGCUCGGCUUGACCAGCGAUUUAAGGUAAGCCUUGAUCCAGCACAACAAAACGGAUCUAAAUGUAUUCAGUUAAUAUGUUGGCUGGACGAUCGUCAUCUACCAUGUGUACCGCCAGUAUCGGUUACAGUUCCCGCAGAUUACCCCCUAACGCCACCACGCUGUGUGAUGGCGCCUCACGAAUACGCUACAUCAUUCCUUUGUGCUGUACAGAAGGCUUUGAACGCACACAUAACGAAACUCCCUCGCCGUUUUUCUGUAUCUCAAUUAUUAGACACUUGGGAGAUGAGUGUAAGACAAGCUAGCGCACCUUCACAAACACCCGUUAGUGCCAGCACUGUACUAAUGGGUUUAUAGUAUACUCUAUGUGUAAAUUAUUUUAUAAAUAUAAAUGUAUUAUAAAGGAUCAUAUUGGCACUGCA